CAACCACAAUGAGUCAAAUUGUGAACCAUACAGCACGUAACGGUAACAAAGCUCCCAGUGGUCAUUUCUGCACAGAAGGGGUGAACUUAAGAAGUGCCAAGGUCCGUAUCCAGCAUUCUUGAAGCCCACAAAACCCAGGUCUCUGACAAGGAGAGGCACAGAGAGGGAGACGGCAGGUGAAGGUGGUAGUUGAAGACAUGCUAUUGGUGCAUGCAGGUAGAAUGGGAGUAAGGCAGAUGAGCCUGUGAAGAAACAGACCCUGCUGUCUAAACACACCACACACCCAGUCACCGAACUCUAGAGUCAUGGCUUUCACCUUGUCAGAGAUCAUGGCUGCAAGGCGGCAACAGCAUGGAGGUGGAGUGGCAGUCGAUGUGGAUGAGCACAGCGCCAAUCCAACCCAGGCCUUUACCUUUUAUAACAUCAACCAGGGCCGUUUCCAGCCACCACACGUGCAUAUGGUGGAUCCAUUACCCCAUGAUGCCCCAAAGCCACCUGGGUACACCCGGUUUGUGUGUAUUUCGGACACACACUCUAGGACAGAUGCCAUUCAGAUGCCAUACGGAGACGUCUUCAUCCACGCUGGAGACUUCACCGAGCUGGGCCUGCCCAGUGAAGUCAAGAAGUUCAAUGACUGGCUGGGUGCUUUACCGUACGAAUAUAAAAUAGUCAUUGCUGGUAACCAUGAGCUGACCUUUGACCAGGAGUUCAUGGCAGACUUGAUCAAGCAAGACUUUUACUAUUUCCCUUCAGCGUCAAAACUGAAGCCAGAGAACUAUGAAAACGUUCAGUCCUUGCUCACAAACUGCAUAUACCUUCAAGACUCGGAGGUGACCGUGAGAGGAUUCAGGAUUUAUGGAUCCCCGUGGCAGCCUUGGUAUUACGGGUGGGGCUUUAAUCUUCCCCGGGGACAAGCUCUUUUGGACAAGUGGAACCAAAUCCCUGAUGGCACAGAUAUUCUUGUAACACAUGGACCACCACUGGGUUUCCUGGACUGGGUUCCCAAAAAAAUGCAGAGGGUAGGCUGUAUGGAGUUGUUGAAUACUGUACAGAAACGGGUACAACCAAAACUUCAUGUUUUUGGGCACAUUCAUGAAGGUUAUGGGGCAAUGACUGAUGGUGCUACAACUUACGUGAAUGCAUCAGCGUGCACUGUGAACUUUCAACCCAUGAACCCACCAAUAGUGUUCGACAUGCCCACCCCAAGAAGCACAUGAUAAUAAAAGCACCUUUUUCUUUUUUUUUUAUUUACUUUAUUUAAAAGAGGAAACUAUGUUCACCCUCCAAUCUGGAUUUAUAUUUUGUUGCUGGAAUAAUAUCGUGAUAUAAUAAUGUUGUAAGUAUGACAUUGGCCAUACAUUUAGUACUACAUGAUAAUGAAAGGUAUAUUAAGCUUCAAAAAUGAGGAUUUUGCCAGCACCUCAAAAAAAAAGUAACUGGGCUUUAAAUUGUUGGUAAUGUUACUGUGAUGAGUUUAAUAAAUGUUUAUGGAACAUUUUAUCACAUGUAUUUUGUGAUCUAAUCUAUAUGUAAGGUCCGAAGACAAAUUACUUCUUACUUAUGGUCGUCUUAAGAGGUGUUUUUGAAAACUGGAGCCGCUAUGUCUAAACAUGGGACCAUGUUUUGACAAGCAAUUAAUUUGUAUAACAUUUCUUAAACUCUCUUUUCAACCAUAAGGUUCAGUAUCUUGAAUAUUAAGCUUUGCAGUAACUGUGUAAAACAUCAUAUGGAAACCUGCAACUUUAUUGGACAAUAAAGUUACCUUUGAGACCCCACCCGUGGGGUAUAAAAGUAAGGACCCUCCAUUAACAAAGUGGAGAGCACUGAUGUCAAUCUUUAGUUAAAGGAGGGUUAAUUGGAAUAAUGAACCCAAGAGAGAAUGAGUUUGGGACUUCUUUUCAAAAGAAAAUGCUUGAUUGACAAAGUGGACCAAAUAAAACUAAACUGGAACCGACAAAACGUUCUCUGCCUCUUGAGUUUCACCCCACUGCUCUGUCUUAAAGUUACAGUGGAUUUGUGUUCCAACUGUUAGCUGGUGACCUUGGAUACAAUAACAAUCUCACAGAAAGCAAAGAUACAGAGGUGCAUAGACAAUCUCACCACUGUUCCCGCUCCACUGUUACAGGACCUAAUCCUCAACCAACUUCUAAGGAACUGGUUUGAUGAGUAUAAACAGGUUCACAUAACAUUACAAUAGACUGAGGUACUCCAAGAUGUUAAACUGUUUUACUGUUUGAUUUACCCUUUAAUUAUUUUUAUUGUUUGACUACAUUCUGUAACUUUGUGAACUGCAUUACUGAUUCACUACUCUAUUUAUCUAGCUAUUCUGUAUUCAAUAAACUGCUUUACUUUACAAGGAUUGUUAUGUAUUGUUAUUAAUACACCUUUACAAUUAUUGAGGUUGAAGUACCUGGUAAUUAGAGAUGACCAUACUCCUUUAGUCAGACUUAGGGGAUGAUAGGCUUCAAUAAUUUCACACCUUGAAUCUUCACGACAACAAGUUAUUUACCUUUUCUGAACUCUAAGAAGUAAACUGAUUACCUCACAAUGAAAGCAUUUUGAACAGCAGCUUUACAUCAGGAGUUUGAGUAUUUGUACAUAUAUUUACAUUGCAUCUUAUGUUUAAAAAUAUUCCAGUUUUAUAGAGCUUGCAAGGGUUUGUUUUUCAUUAUUUGUUUUUAUUUAUUUAUAAUUUUAAUUAGUAACAUCUGCUGAGAAUAAGCAGGCCCCCCCCCCCCCCCCCCCCCCCCCCCAAGACAGAUAUUGCAGAAAAUGACAGCUGAUUGCACGGUUGGAUGAUAAUUAGAAGCAGGUAUAACACAAAUGGCAUAUAUACAUAAUAAAGCAGUUUUAAAAAAAAAACAAAACUGAAGGCACUUUAAAGUCUUACUAUUAGCAAAUGGAUUGUGGGACCACAUAUUGUCUUAUAGGCACAAUUUGGCUAUUGUGCUACACAAUACCUACUGGAAGUGAUGCGCAGGACCCAGAUUUAAACUGAAGCCAUCUUGUGCUCUGUGCUUUAUCACUGUUUUAUCCCCUCACUGGCUGGUUCAAUUCCACACCAGCCCUGUCAUUCCUCAGUGGAGAUGUUAUCUUAGUGCAUAUUGAAUCCGACAAUACCCAAGACAUGUUUUUAUUUUUAGGUUGUUUUUUUUUUUUAUGGUGGUUUUGUUUUAUGGUUGUGUUUGGUGGUUAAAAUGUAAACGUUAGACUUUUGCACCUAACAGUAGUAGUUUUGUCAUGUUACUUUUAGUGCAAUCCUAUGAACAAAAUGUUUCACAAGAAAAUAUGUUUGGUUUGCUGUUAACAUUUUUGGGGAAAGUAUUUUCCUAAGCAUGUAAUAAAAUAAUGGGGCAAGUGUAAUUGGAAAAAAAAAAAAAUAGCUCCACAACAAUAUCCUAUUUAUGAGGAAAUCAUUUUAAAAUGUCACUUAUUUAAUUGUAGGAAGAGACUUAAGCACUUAUGUUUUGAUAGUUGUUAAACAAAUAUAAAUAUAAUUGAGCAUGAUUGUAAUAAUCUUGUCAAUGGUGUUUAAUCUGUUAUUAUCUUAUGCAUCAUAACAGUGACUUGUUGUUUGCAUUGCUUUUGUUGUAUUUGGAUCCAGUUCGUUAGAAAACUUACUGUAUGGUGCUGGUCUUUGAUGUAAUAUUAAGCCAUGUACACUGCUUUAAGCAACUGUACACAGGUAUGAAUUUUUCAAAAUGUUCCCAGUUGUGUGUAUUUUUUAU